AUGCUGCUGAAGUUUGUUUGCUCUCUGCUGCUGCUGGCUGUGAGUUUGCACUCUGCUGCUGCCUCCGCCGUUGCCGCCUCUGGAGUUUCCCCAGCAACUUCAGCACCUGCCUGUGAUAAAGCUUUGCAGCUCUCCACAGCGGCAACAAUCGCGGGACUCGAGCAUCCCUUCCUCCAUCAGCGGCGGGAUCGCGAGCACCGAGCCAGCGGCCUCGUGGAGAGCAUAGACCGGACCUACUCGGGGGGUGGCAAGGUGGGCUACGUCCUCUACGCGGAGGGGAAGCGCUUCCUCCUGGAUUUGGAGAAGGACGCGCGCCUCGGGUCUGCCGAGCAGCUGCUGCCAGGCAAAGGCCACUGCUACUACCGGGGCACGGUGGAUGGGAGCCCCAAGUCCUUGGCCGCCUUCAACCUUUGCGGGGGGCUGGAUGGCUAUUUUGCGGUCAAGCAUGCCCGCUACACGGUGAAGCCAUUGCGCCGGGGGGAGGAGGAGGUGCAGCCUGCUCGGGAGAGGAUCUACGGGGAUGAGGCCACUCAGGUGCCACACCUCUUCUUCAGGGAUCAUUUCUGCUUUCAAACGGUGCCUUCACGCCCCAGCUGUGAAACUCACAGCUCCUCCAGGUCCCACUUUCUGGAUCCAAAAAGGGUGAUCAAGGGGCAAGAGAUGCUGGAGACAAAUUCCACUGCCAGGGCAGCACUCUCCUCUGUCUCCUCUAAAAGCAGGAAUAAGCGCUCCAUCUCCAGGGCCAGACAGGUGGAACUUCUCCUGGUGGCUGAUGACUCCAUGGCCAAGAAAUAUGGAAAAGGGCUGCAUCAUUACCUGCUGACGUUAGCAACCAUUGCCUCACGUCUUUAUGGACAUGCCAGCAUUGAGAACCAUAUCCGCCUGACAGUGGUGAAGGUGAUAGUGCUGGGUAACAAAGAGAAAGGGCUGGAGGUAAAUAAGAAUGCAGCCACCACGCUCAAGAACUUCUGCAAGUGGCAGCACCAGCACAACCAACUGGAUGACGAUCAUGAGGAACACUAUGAUGCUGCCAUCCUCUUCACCCGUGAGGAUUUAUGUGGGCAUCAUUCAUGUGAUACUCUGGGAAUGGCUGACGUUGGAACCAUAUGCUCCCCUGAGCGCAGCUGUGCGGUGAUUGAAGAUGACGGCCUCCAUGCAGCUUUUACAGUGGCUCAUGAAAUUGGACACCUUCUUGGACUUUCCCAUGACGACUCCAAAUUUUGUGAGGAGAAUUUUGGUUCUAUGGAAGAUAAGCGACUUAUGUCUUCCAUCUUAACGAGCAUUGAUGCUUCCAAACCAUGGUCCAAAUGCACAUCAGCAACGAUAACAGAAUUUCUGGAUGAUGGCCAUGGUAACUGUUUACUGGAUCAACCACGAAAACAGAUCUUGGGGCCGGAGGAGCUUCCAGGACAAACAUAUGAUGCCAUUCGUCAAUGCAAGCUGGCAUUUGGGCCUGAGUACACAGUGUGUCCUGGAAUGGAUGUGUGCUCUCGUCUGUGGUGUGCGGUUGUUCGCCAAGGCCAGAUGGUGUGUUUGACGAAAAAGCUCCCUGCUGUGGAGGGGACGCCAUGUGGAAAAGGAAGGAUCUGCCUUCAGGGGAAAUGUGUUGAUAAAACAAAGAAAAAAUACUAUUCGGCUUCAAACCAUGGGAAUUGGGGAUCCUGGGGGCCAUGGGGACAAUGCUCUCGGACCUGUGGUGGAGGUGUUCAGUUUGCCUAUCGUCACUGCAAUAACCCAGCACCUCGAAACAAUGGACGAUAUUGCACAGGAAAGCGAGCUAUUUAUCGCUCAUGUAACAUCAUUCCCUGUCCUGUCAAUGCUAAAGCUUUUCGUCAGGAACAAUGUGAAGCAAGAAAUGGCUACCAAUCAGAUGCAAAAGGUGUCAAAACCUUUGUUGAGUGGGUUCCCAAGUACGCCGGAGUGCUUCCAGGAGAUGUUUGCAAGCUCACCUGCCGAGCCAAAGGAACUGGCUAUUAUGUAGUUUUCUCUCAAAAGGUGAUUGAUGGAACAGAAUGUCGCCCAUAUAGUAAUUCAGUCUGUGUCCGUGGCAAAUGUGUGCGAACGGGAUGUGAUGGCAUUAUUGGCUCAAAGCUCCAGUUUGAUAAAUGUGGGAUCUGUGGUGGAAACAACUCUAGUUGCACAAAGAUUAUGGGAACUUAUAAUAAAAAGAGUAAGGGUUACACAGAUAUCGUGAAAAUACCUGAAGGAGCAACACACAUUAAAGUUCGACAGUUCAAAGCAAAAGACCAGAGUAGAUUCACAGCCUAUUUGGCUCUGAAAAAGAAAAAUGGUGAGUACCUUGUCAAUGGAAAGUACAUGAUCUCAACUUCAGAAACUAUCAUCGACCUCAAUGGAACUGUCAUGAACUACAGUGGCUGGAGUCACAAAGAUGAUUUCUUGCAUGCAAUGGGAUAUACAGGCACAAAGGAGACCCUUAUAGUACAGAUUCUUGCAACUGACCCAGCUAAAUUAGUAGAUGUCCGCUACAGUUUCUAUGUGCCAAAGAAACAAGAACAAGUCACAAACUCUGUCUCAAGCAACAGCAGCAGUAACAAAAUGAUACCAUCUCUUAUCCAGCCCCAGUGGGUGACUGGACCAUGGCUUUCCUGUUCUCGAACAUGUGACACAGGCUGGCACACAAGAACUGUCCAGUGCAAAGAUGGAAAUGGAAAAUUAACAAAAGGAUGUCUUCUGUCUCAGAGACCUUCAGCAUUCAAGCAGUGCUUGCUUACCAAAUGUUAACCUGUGGUUGGUGCUUCUUUAGGAAAAAGUCUCAUGAAGACAUAGUCAACAGACUGACACCAAGGUCUACCUGGCACAGAGAAAAGCCAGUGCUUCAGUAUACUUCCAUAUCAUCUGAAGUUAUGGGCAGAAUCUGCCUAAUUGGACCAAAUGAAGAUAUGUAGUGCUCUGAGUGAUUGCAAGGUGAUCUAAACAUUUGUUUUCAAAAGCCCUCUAUACCUGCAGUUAAAGAAGACGAUAAAUCAGUGAAUGGUGAUCAUGGGAUAUCUAAAGGUUACAGAAUAAUUUCCCUUUUUUCACCUACCUCUAACACAGUAUGUCCUUACACAUCUUGUCAUAUUUGUCCAUGAUACCAUAAUAGUUUGUUGUAUACUAUUUGUAAAUACCUUUUCUUCGGUAUAUCACUUUAUAUCACUUGACCUUCUUUCAAAAGACCUUUCUGUAUGACACAAGUGAUUGACCAAAGUUUGUCUGCAGCCAUGGGGCAUUCUUUCAUCUUUUUUUUUCAGGCUGUGGAUCUUUUACUGGAAAAUUAAGAGCUUGCUGCUUUAGGGGGGGUGGGGAAAGAUUUAAUACAUUUUUGACAACAGGAAAUUCCAUUAUGGGAAUUUCCUAACAGUGAAUUAAUUUCUAUAUUAAUAUCUUUCUUUCAAGAAAUUUUCAUUUGUGUGCACUUCUGCAGCAAGAAAAAAAUAGCUGCCAGUAUGCUUCUUUAACAAAACAAAAAAAAGGACAUACUCUAUUCCCUACUAGCAAUGCAGAUGAAAAGAAAUUAUCAAAAGUAGAGUUCAGCUCAUGCUCCUUAUGAACCUUUAGGUAAUGCACCUUUUCUGUAUGGUAUGGAUGCCAAUGGGAAAAGAGGAUUGAUGAGGAAAAAUGCACAUAUGGAAAUUCCAUCAUUCACAGGAGACAGAUGAUAACAGUAAGAUGUGGCGAGUCACUGACUCAUGCCCUAAGUGGCCAAUAAUGCAAAUAUUGUGAAACCUAUUCAUAUCUUCUAUCUCUAUUAGCUUCACUGUGCCUUCCUCUAGAAAUCUAAUGACAUAUAAUGUAUCCGUUAUUUAAUGAAGAAGCUAAAAGUCAAAAGCAUGUAAGUGAUUUAUAGUGUAAUCCUAAGCAGAGGUACACUCUUUCAUAUCAAUUGAAUAGAAUUCUGCUUAGUAUUGAAUCUUUAAUGUAUUUAACAAUACUUCUUAUCCUGGUAUACUUUUCACCAUCCUGAACACCCUAAUCCAGAGAUCUGCAGAUGCUCAGAUUUGUACACAGUCUCCUGUGUGUACAAGUUGCCCAUUAUUUCAAUAGCAGGAACCAGUUUGAAUAAGCUUUUGAACAACUAGAUUGGAUUCUUCCUUUGAAAUGAAUGGAAUGUACAUCAAAGGUUCCUUGACUCAAUGGAGGGAGGCAUCUAUGCUCAAUUUCAUGUUGUUGUUGGCUAAUUCUUUAAAGCAAAAGAAAACAAAUUUGAAGGUUUCGCAUUUUUUUACAUUAAUGGCCACAAAGAAAUUAAACCGUGUUUAGAUGUAGUAGCUACAGCUAGUUCUGCCACAGACCAAAAUAAUUUUCCCCUGAGAUGACAGGCAAAGGAGCUUUCCAUUUUAGAAAAAUAACCGAUAAAUACCUCACAGGAAAUCUGGAGAAAUUAAUGUGUGAAUGUUUUUAUAAUAUGGAUAAAAUACUAUAUAUGGGUAUACAGUAUGAAUUAAAAGAGGCUACACCUCGCCUCAGUGCCUUACAUAACUAAUGAAGCUAUAUAAGUACAGGCAAUUAUAACUUCUUGAAUUCCCAUGUGAGUUUAGUUUAGUUUGAUGGAGUCUGUAUCAAGGGUCAAUAAUCUUUUUUGAGCCUGUGGGCACCUUUGGAAUUCUGACACAAGGUAAUAGGUGCAACCACAAAAUGGCUGAUACAGGAGGCAGAACCAACCAUAAAAUGGCUGCCACAGGAACCAGUCACAAAAUGUCAGGGAGCGAGGUUACACAUUAGUCUUAUAGUAACUCUCCAACACUUCAGACAGAAGCACUGCUUAAUAGAAUACUUUAAAAUUAAUAUAGUUUUUAAAAUAUUGUCUUCCUUACACACAGCUUAUCUUUAGUCAAGCAAUGAAGAGCCUUGUGCUGUGGUGACAGCUGCUGCCAAUUUUUUUAAAAAAAUCUGUGCAGUCAAUCAGAUCUCUACUGACCUAUCAGACAACAUGCUAGACAAAAGCCCCACCUGGCCCCACCCACUUUCUAGUUGUUAGAGGAUCAUGCCAUCUUUGCUGAUGGAACUGGAAGACUAUCAGUUUAGUACACACAGAUUAGCAACUAUCUUGUAUUCCUGCAACAAUUCCAAGAAAAACACCAAACCCCAUUUACAUGCAUAAACAAGGAUUUCGUAUUACUGUAGAGAAAAGGUUGUUUUUCUUCAGCUUCCAACAAAAAGGGAAGGAAAGCAUUGAGGUUAAAAAUGGGUGGGAUUAGCCUCCAAAAUGGUUCCAAAUUAUUAUUUUUAUGCUCCUAUAAGAAUGAAUUUUCUCAUUAAAACUGGUCUGUACUUUUUGACUAGGAUGAUGAGGCACUUAAAAUAAAUGAGGGGAGCAGUGAAUCAAUCUCCCUCUAACAACCUAUCUGAGCAUCUUUUGACAAAACAUGAUCCAGGAAAAAAAUUGCAUGUGAUAAAUAAAAUGUGAUACAUAAAGGAAAAGGAGAUCUCAAAAAAGAGAAGGCAAGAGGCUUAAUAUAGAUAUUGCAUACAUAAAGGUCUAAGUGCCAUAUCAAGUAUACAUCAGCCAAAACUCAGAUGAAAGCGUGGAAGAAUGUUAAUUUUGUGCUUUCAUAAUUGUAGCAUGAUUGUGGAACAUGUAUCACAUAUGUGCUAAUCAAAAUUAAUUUUAGUAAGAACCAAACACAGCAAAAAUGAAGGUAGCCUGUGUGUUCUUGCCCUUUUCAAUACCCUCAGUCCAGUACUUGCCUUUUUUGUUACUUUUCUUGUUCUAGUCAUAUUGGUUGAUGCAACUGCUUAAAGUAAAAUUGGUGCCAAUUAUGAUACUUUAUAAUUUCUGUCUAUUUCUGAAACAGGCUAGUCCCAAGAGUGUACUUCCUAGUCACCUACUUCUUUGCUGAGUUAGUUAUAAAUUCUGAGAAUAUUUUGCUAACUGAAUUUGCAAGUCAUAGCUGGAAUUACAGUUCUGAGCAUCUCUGGAUUGGGGAUGGAGCCAUUCCCAUUAUCCCUAGCAAUAAAAGCUAGCUUUCUCGUUAGUAAUUUAUACUAGAAAACCAACCUCUAAUCCCAAAACUGCUUGAUCUCCUUGUAAUCAAGAAGGUAUAGUGAGAAUAAGUGGUUUGAAGAUUACAACCAAGAUCUAUUCAGUAUGGUCUGAUAUAAUUAUCUUCCUGUGGAAACAGUUUAUCUCAUGUUGGGGGUGGGGGGAUGAUCACAGAUGUAAAAAAAAUCUAUAAAUUAAAUUUUUAAAAACUUUAAAAAGUUGAAAAGCAACAUAGCACUGAAAAUAAAUAAUUUAUUGUUUUUACACAAGGGUAUGUGAAUAGAUGUAAUGAAUUUAUUUAUUCUUAUUUAACAUGGAAUGCUAUUGUGAAAAUUCUUCUAUAUUUAACAUGUUUUGCUACAAUUUCUUUCUCUUUUUUCUUCUUCUCCUGCUCCCACCCCCUGUCUUAAUUUAUGCUUUAUAUAUGAAUGGAAAGUACUAUGUGAACUUACCAACGCACAACACUGGUUACUUUUAUAUUGUUUUUCAAUUGAAUUUUAUUAUGGAAUGUCUGUGUGUAUGUGAAUGUGGUGCAUGCAUGUGUGAGUAUGAAAUCUAGGAUGAAUAAAGAUAUUUGGGUGUAUGGAAGUGUGGCUGUGUCACAUCUAUAAAGAUACAGAAAGCACAUGCAUACAUAAAUAUGUAUGUAUCAGUAUAUUGACAUACAUUAUUCAAUUACAUUUUUCCUUUCUUUAAAACAAACCUACUUCUCAACACAUUCAUAAAACUUUUACUUGUAUUCACAGCAUAUAAUAAGAGAUGUUUUAAGCACCUCUAAGAGCACUCCUAUAAGCCUUCAUUAUUCUGCCUCUGGUGGAUGCUCAUGCUAUCUGAGGCUUUCUUAUGAUAUUGCUUUAGCUAGUAUGAUCAUUAUUGGAAUGAAGAUCAUAGGAAACAAUGCCAUCCUAAGAAUACUUUCCCAGUAUUCCUAUUAUUUAGUAGGAUUCUGAUCAGAGCUGCUUAGGAUUGCUGUCUGUGUGAAAUAUUUCCAUCUUCAGGCAACCUUGACUAACUUGUACAAUAAGCAGCGUUCCUGUUAACCCAGCCUAUUCACAUGAAGCCAUUAAUUGUGAUGUAAAGACAAGCUAUUACCAAGGGCACAAUAGUUGCCACUGGGAAGGCCAAGAGUUGUACCACAACUAGGUGCUGAGUCCUAAUGCUAGGGUUCCCAAUGUCUAGGUGAUGGCUGGGGAUCUCCUGCUUUACAACCUUCAGGUGACAGAGAUUAGGUCACCUGGAGAAAAUGGCUGCUUUCA